UCAGUAUUGCAGGCUGGAUUCUGCCUGAAUACAGAGGACAUGCGCGCUGAAUAGGGGGAGGAGGUCUAUCACUCUUUCAGAUGUUUUGUGUUCCCUCAGGGUGCAGAACUCUUAUUUUCUAAUCGCUUGCUCUUAACAAAAGGAGGAAAAGUGAGGAGUUGUUUUUCUCUCUCGCCAACAUUUACAGACAGGAAAAUAAAUUGACGCUUUUAGUGUUUUUGAGGUUUGGGUCAGAGUCAGAGUUAUCAUUUGUAUUAUUAUUAGAUUUUCUUAAUAAUCGGUGUCCCCCGCCGCCACCCUGAAGUUCAUCGUUGUUAUCUUGGCCGCCGGGAUGGUGGCCUUCAUCGGAGCGGUAAUCUGCAUCAUCGCAGCCGUCCACACCGGCUCCUCCAGGGCUGCCGCGGCGCAACAGCAACCCGCUACCGACAACCACUCGCUGUAUCCGGACGCAGCGGCUCGGGGGCCCGCUGGGUCCGUAGCCCGGGUCGGAUCUUUGGGCGCUCUCCAUGGUUCUGAAACACCCGAUUCAGAAGGACCCACCUUCGACAUCGGGCUCGGCGGGUUGGAUGGAGUGACCGGACUCUCGGGUCACGACCCAACGGUCAGUCGGCUCAUCUGCACGCCGAUCCCCGCCGGGGAGUGCAACCCGAAGAACUUUCAGCAACAAGCGGAAGACCCGUCCCUGUACGCAGGGGAAGACUGGGGCUACCUCCGCACCACCGCGGAAGAGCUCCGUCAGACUGUUCUGCAGCAAAAAGACCAGAUAUUAACGGACCAGCGGACCAUCAGGGAGCUGACGGGGAAACUAUCCGAGUGCGAGAAGGGGCAGGACGGCCAGAGCAGCAGCAGCAGCAGCGCGGACAGACGCGGGGCCGCCGCGGGGCUGUGGGGGGCUAAAGGGACGGCGGAGGAGAGGCACCUGGAGCGGGUCAUGGUGCGUGACAGCCCGGGUUCGACGCCUGACGGCGCUCACGUGCUCACCGUUAUGGCUGUGGAGGAGCUAGAGCAGGCCAUCAGUCAGCUCAAAGACCGCAUAGAGAAACUGGAGUCAGACAUUGGCCCGUUUCCUCACAACCAGACGGAGAGCAGCGCAUCAGCAGCGCCAGGGGGAGGCGGAGAAAGGUCGACCCAUCCCGGGCACAGGGCUGGGGCUGACAGGCCGUGGAGGAUGGAAGACUUGGAAGGGGAGCUGGAGAGGAAGGUGGAGCUGCUCGAGAAAGAGAGAAAAACCCUGAGGCUGGAAACGGAGCAGCAGAGGCAGGAAAUCGACCAGGGCAUCAAUAAACUGCACCACCGACUCUCAGGGCUGGAGGGAGGUGAUUCAGGCCAUUCCUUCCCCGAGGGCUACAGGCUGUCCUUCCCAACACGGACAAACUACAUGUACGCCGUUGUGAAGCACGCCAUCCCGGCGCUGCGGACCUUCACCGCCUGCCUGUGGCUGCGGCCCGCGGAGGGAGGGGUCGGGACGCCUCUGUCCUAUGCUGUUUCGGAGCAACCCAACGAGCUGGUGCUGCUGCAAGGCCUGCACACCCCCACUGAGCUCCUCAUCAAUGACAAGGUGGCACAGUUGCCUCUAAACCUCUCCAGAGGCAGCUGGCAGCAUAUCUGUGUGAGCUGGAGCCAAAAGGGAGGAGUCUGGCAGGCCUACCAGGGGGGAAAGCUACGGGGAGAGGGCCACGGGCUGGCCACCGGACAUCACAUCCGACCCGGAGGAGUGCUCAUAUUGGGGCAAGAGCAGGACUCGGUGGGCGGAGGGUUUGACUCAUCCCAGGCCCUGGUUGGGGAGUUGUCCCAGGUGGGUCUCUGGAACCGGGUCCUGUCUGCCAGCCAGGUGACCAGCUUGUCCCGCUGCGGCAGAGUAACCCCGGGCAGUGUGGCCCCCUGGACCGAGAAAGGAGUUGAGGUUCACGGCGGAGCAACCAAGGACCCGGGAGAGCCUUGUAGUAAACACAACAGGAGCUCUCAAUGAGCGGAGGAAGAAGCGGACGGAAAGCAGGCAGGGGUAAAGUCGACGUCCUUUCAAGAAUGUGGAAUGCUGCCCACUGCUAGGGGAUUUCUGAAAGAUCCCGAUGUGGCAUGGACUGACGAGUUUAUGAAAAAAUUCAAAUGAAUAGUACGCAGAUCUGUAUGACAAAAGUACUAGAGGGUUUGCCGUUACUUUACAACACUUUUAGUAUUCAAUGCCAUCAUGGAGGCCCAGUGGAAAGGAAUUGGGAACUGUUACAGAUUGAUGCCACAUUGUUUUCACCUCUGCAUGAUGUGUCCAUCUGCCGCUUAUGUCUUGCCACAGCAAGGUCCCUCCUGCAUCCGUGGCUGGUAUGUGGCUAUCUAUGUGUUUGUACAUAAAAGGCCCAAAGGGCGCUAAAUAAAACAAAUCAUUCCCUAAGGAAUCCACCACCGCAAGCACAAUGUUAUCAUUUUUUGGAGAGGGGUAUUUCAUAGCUUUUUUUUAAAAGCCUUUGCCCCAUAUUUAUGUCACAUGUCUGUGCUUCAGCAUGUUCCUUUAAAAAAAGAUGUAACAUUCAAAUUAUAUAAUGCACUCUGUCAAUUUAACAUUCCUGGAAGCUGACUGUUUCAUCUUUGUAUUUUUAUACAUGCAGCCAGCCACUCAAUAUCACGCUUUGAUGAAUUAACAACCUGCAACCUCCAACUCUUCCAACCUUCCUACAUUCCAUGCAUGAGUUGUACUGUAUGUUUGUGAUAUGCCUUCUGAAAAUCCAUCUUUGAUCUCUUUGAUGGUUAUUCUUCACUGUCUAGUUAAAAAAAUAAAUGUUUUUACCUAAUAUAAAAAAAUGUCCUGAGUGGAAAGUGCCUGUCCGGGUGUUUGAACCCAUGUAAAACAAAUCAACAUCCUGAUGGAACAUUUGGACUGUGAGAUAUUUUAAACUAAUUAAUUAUCAAUGUUUCUGUGAACUCCCUGGUGGAUUUUGAAGAUUUAAGAGGUUUGAUCAAACGUUUCAAAACACAGGACUUCUUUGCAGAGCUGCCAAACUGAUGCUGAAUCAGGUCAAAGUCAUCUUGCUGUGUUCAAGUGUCUUUGAUGAUGCCUCUCAGUCGUGUGCUGUGUAAUUAGUGAAAUUAUGCCUGAGCUUCUUGUUUUAUGCUUUUUAAUAGUGUGUGCCAUUAUUCUUGUUACAGUAUAUGAAUUUAAUACUUUUGAACGCUAUUGGUCAUUUUUUUCUUCCAUGAUAUCAGCUUUUCUUUCACUGUGUGUAUUGGUAUCUUUCUUUGUCAUGUUGUAAUUUGUAUAAACACUGUAUGUCCAUGUCUUGUAGGCUGUUGUAUUGUUCUGCAUAUUUCCGUGUAAAAAUCUCAAAUCUUUAUUAAAGUCUUACUUUUCAGAUCCAAUUGAGAUUAUUUUCAUAGUAUGUAAUACCAUAUGAGCUUCAGAAAGUACAGUUGAUUUAAUCUAUAUAAGGAACAAUAUAGGCUGUCUUAUUCCAGGACACACACUUGUGAUCCAAGGGCAGCAGCAACAAAACCUGCCGUGAGACCCUUGUACACCAGAGCUUGACAGAAAUAAUGACAUAUCCCCCUUGGCUCUGCACGGUCAAAUUAGAGUUUGAAGGAGAAAAGCUUGCAGCUGUUUCCAUUGGGUGUGGCCGUCAAAGUGUGAGUUAUGAAUAAAUUGACGAUUUGUGAGUCCCAUUAAGUCAUCACAAAUUUACAUGUGAAACAUGCUAAGCUAACCUAACUAGUUGCUAUAGCCAAAUCCUCAUAUUCAAUCAAACAGAUAUGAGAAUGCUUUUAGACUUAUUAUCUAAGUGCUGGCAAGUAAGCAUCUACAAGCUUGGAAGGUCUGUGGGUAUAUUUAACUGAGAUGCACAGGCAUGUUUAGACCUUUGUGCCAAGAGUGUGCGAUCUCUAUGUUUCUGUUAUGUGAAUAUUAAAAAAGACAUUUUCAAAUCUCA